GGGGUCUGUUGUGGCUGUUGCUCCGCGCUCGGGUGCUGGUGGGUGACUGCCAGCGAAUGAAGCGCCCUGCGGCGCGGUGGCGGGGGCCUCGGGGGAAGCACAGAGGAGGCCGGCGCGCCGUCCCCAGCUGCACUUGGCCGCCGGCCCACGACGCUUGGAGGCCGCCCAGCCGCUAGGGAGCCCGGUCCGGGCUCAGGAGGAGGGCGGGCGAUGGACCAGUACUGCAUUCUGGGCCGCAUCGGGGAGGGCGCACACGGCAUUGUGUUCAAGGCCAAGCACGUAGAGGGGGAACGGGGUGGCAGUGUCUGCGUUCCGUCCUGCACAGACUGGAGAGAUCGUUGCCCUCAAGAAGGUGGCCCUGCGGCGGCUGGAGGAUGGCAUCCCCAACCAGGCCCUGCGGGAGAUCAAGGCCCUGCAGGAGAUCGAGGACAAUCAGUGGUGCAGCUGAAGGCCGUAUUCCCGCACGGGGCAGGCUUUGUGCUGGCCUUCGAGUUCAUGCUGUCAGAUCUGGCUGAGGUGGUGCGCCACACCCAGAGGCCGCUUGCCCAGGCACAGGUCAAGAGUUACCUGCAGAUGCUGCUUAAAGGUGUCUCCUUCUGCCAUGCCAACAACAUCGUGCAUCGGGACCUGAAACCAGCCAACCUGCUCAUCAGCGCCUCAGGCCAGCUCAAGAUAGCGGACUUUGGCCUGGCCCGCGUCUUUUCCCCAGAUGGCAGCCGCCUCUAUACGCACCAGGUGGCCACCAGGUGGUACCGAGCCCCCGAGCUCCUGUAUGGUGCCCGCCAGUAUGACCAGGGGGUCGACCUGUGGGCCGUGGGCUGCAUACUGGGGGAGCUGUUGAACGGGUCCCCGCUCUUCCCAGGGGAGAACGACAUCGAACAGCUUUGCUGUGUACUUCGCAUCUUGGGCACCCCUAGCCCUCAAAUCUGGCCGGAGAUCACGGAGCUGCCCGACUACAACAAGAUCUCCUUUGAGGAGCAGGCGCCUGUGCCCCUAGGAGAGGUGCUGCCAGACGCCUCUCCCCAGGCCUUGGACCUGCUGGGGCAGUUCCUCCUCUACCCUCCACGCCAGCGCAUUGCAGCCUCUCAGGCCCUCCUGCACCAGUACUUCUUUACAGCUCCCCUGCCUGCCCAUCCUUCAGAGCUGCCAAUUCCCCAGCGCCCAGGGGGACUGGCCCCCAAGGCCCACCCGGGGCCUUCCAACGUCCAUGACUUCCAUGUGGACCGGCCCCUCGAGGAGUUGCUGUUGAACCCAGAACUGAUCCGGCCCUUCAUCCCGGAGAGUUGAGAUGCUGGACCAGGCCCCACCGGCCUGUGUUCCAGAGCCUCUUGUUCUUCUGCUCCAGUCUGACUCAACUCAUGGCCACACUACGACCACCCUGGGCUCACUGCCAGGCAAUGAGGAUGUCCAGCCCCAGCAGAGACGGAGGCCCGAGGCUGUGUGCUGCUGACAUACCAUCAGAAAGGGGCAGUGCGCCCACUACCAUGCUGGCCAUGGUGCUGCUGCUCCAGGCACUGCCUUUCUGGCCAGGGCAGCUCCUGGUAGAGCCUUCUGAGAGCACAGAGUAAGAUGUCCUCAAUUCAGAAACCCAAGUGGGAAGGGAGGUUUGGUUUGCUUUUGUUCUCAAGGAUGUUAAACACUACUUCAGUUUUGAGAUUUAUUAUAAAAACACCCAAGGAGUUCUGCCUGGUGUCUGCCUUUCUUCCAUUCCUAUCAAGGGAAGCGGCCGAGGCGGCAUCCUCUCCUGGUCUUCGCUGGGAA